GUGGUCUAGUCCUGCCGCCUCCAAGCUACACUACUAAUACCUACGUAUGUCAUUUUCCAUGUUCGUUGGCCGCAGAUCGAAUCCGCGCGCGCGACCCUGCCGCAGCGUGGGGCCCUUCUUCCACACCUAUUUCCACGUCCUCUCUAUCCUCCAUCUGCCCUUCAUCUCUCUUUCGUCCCCAACAAACGCCCGUCUACCAUUCUCGUCAUCAGAACUGCCCUCCCCAAGCCCGUCUCUAUCCAUCGCGCACUUUUUCGACUCCCCUAGCCCCCAGACUCGUCUUUUGGCCUGAUCAGACCCGUGCUUCCGGGGCGUCGCGGGUUCCCCGGAGUACUUGAUUAGAGUCACGGAUCAUAAGGCAAAUACAACACAUAUAUACACACACACACAUUCACCCAUGCGAGAUGCCCUUUUAGUGUCGUGCCAGUCGUCGAGUAUAGUCCCGGCAAAACGUUAUGUGAUUUUGAAGCCGG